AUGGCAACCCCAAACUCCAGCAAUAUCCUGUCCUCCACAUUUUAUCUCACAGGUGUUCCUGGCUAUGAGGAAUUUCACCACUGGAUUUCCAUCCCAUUCUGCCUCCUCUACCUUGUUGGGAUAGUGGGCAACUGCACCAUCCUGCAUGUUAUCCGGACAGAUCCCAGGCUCCAUGAGCCCAUGUACUAUUUCCUGGCCAUGCUUUCUCUCACUGACAUGGGCAUGUCCCUGCCCACAAUGGUAUCACUCUUCCGGGUGCUGUGGUCCAUUUCUAGGGAGAUCCAGUUCAGUGUCUGUGUGUUUCAAAUGUUUGUAAUUCACACGUUUUCCUUUACGGAAUCAUCUGUGCUCUUGGCCAUGGCUCUUGACCGGUAUGUGGCUAUCUGUCACCCUCUGCGCUAUGCUACCAUUCUCACUCCAAAACUCAUCAUCAAGAUUGGGAUUGCAGCCCUGCUCAGGAGUGCUAUUCCAAUAAUUCCUCUUCUAGCCCGCUUGACCUUCUUUCCAUUUUGUCACUCUCAUGUCCUUUCCCAUUCCUACUGUCUGCACCAGGACAUUAUCCACCUUGCCUGUGCUGACAUUAAGUUUAAUGUUAUAUACGGGUUGGUUGUGAUCAUUAUGUUGUGGGGUUUGGACUCUUUGGGUAUUUUUGUGUCUUAUGUUUUUAUCCUUCACUCAGUGUUAAGAAUUGCAUCCCGUGAGGGGAGGCUCAAGGCCCUCAACACGUGUGCAUGCCACAUCUGUGCUGUUCUCAUUUUAUAUGUGCCUAUGAUAGGAGUAUCUCUUGUCCAUCGUUUUGCCAAACAUUCCUCACCCCUCAUACACAUUUUCAUGGCACAUAUCUACUUGUUGGUUCCACCAGUGCUCAAUCCAAUCAUCUAUAGUGUGAAGACCAAGCAGAUUCGCCAAGGGGUCCUCCACCUGCUUCUCUUUCCCAAAAUUUGUUCAACAGUGAUGUAG